AUGGAAUACUAUUAUCGAAAGGGAAAUAAAUAUUUAUUCAACUCACGAGAGGAGGAUGAGGGUUUCCGCAUAGUAGCAGCGCUUAGUGGCGCAGAAAAAUAAAACCUAAUUUACCAAAUUCAGACACAGAGAUUCUCAUUCCUCAAGAUCUUCUCAUUUCUUGUCUCAAAUUAAUCCUCAAACUUGCCUCUCUCUGUCUCUCUACAAUGUGCUCCAUUUCCUCACUCCACCAAAACCAUGUCUAAGUGUUUUGGAACAGGAUAUUGCUAACAUGAAGGACUCUUGGUUUUUCGACAAUAACUUUAAUGGUCUGUCAGAUGAGAUUUUUGAUGAUGUCAUCAACUUUUUUGAUUUCCCGCUGGAAGACGUGGAUGCUAAUGGUGUGGAAGAAGACUGGGAUGCUCAAUUAAAAUGCCUUGAAGACCCGCGUUUUGAUGUUUAUUCAGCAUCAUCAGCUGGGCUGUGUGCCGAAACUCAAAAUGAGAAGCCCCAACUUGGAAUGAAGUUAUCUGCUUCUAGUAAUGGGAUUUCCCCAAUAAAACAGCUGGCAAAAGCUCCUGGACCAGCAUAUGGAAAGACCAUUCCCCACCAGAAUGUCACUUCCAAUGGAAAAGAUUUGCAUCAAUUCCAAACCUACACCUACAGCCCAGUUUCGGUUUUUGAAAGUAGCAGUUCGUCCUCAGUUGAGAAUUCCAACUUCGAUCGACCUGUCAUCCCAGUGAAGCGGGCUCGUAGUAAACGUCAGCGUCCUUCAAACUUCAGUCCUCUAUUUUCAAUUCCUCUCAUCGUUAAUUUGCCGGCUGUGCGAAAAGAUCAAAGGACAGCAGCCUCUGACUCAGAUUUUGGAACAAAUGUUGCUGGGAAUCUAUCAAACAAAGUAAAAAAGCAGAGGAAAAAGGAUUUGUCCCUGCUAUCAGAUGUUGAGAUGACGAGAUCCUCAUCACCAGAGUCAGGUCCCCCCAGAAAAUGCAUGCAUUGUGAGGUGACAAAAACCCCACAAUGGAGAGAGGGACCUAUGGGUCCCAAAACACUGUGCAAUGCUUGUGGUGUUCGAUACAGGUCCGGCCGCCUCUUUCCUGAAUACCGGCCGGCAGCUAGCCCGACUUUUGUAGCAUCGCUGCACUCAAACUGCCACAAGAAGGUUGUGGAGAUGAGAAGCAGAGUCAUCCAGGAGCCUGUUAGGUGUUCUAUGUUGGCUUCAUCAAAUCUCCAUGGAAAUUCUGUAGGAUAAUUUUUAUGUUUGAUUACAUUUGAGGAAGAAACGGUAGUCUUAAACAGGAUCCUUCUUGUUUGUUGUUUUCAUUAUAGUCUAAUGUUAUAUUGCUUAGCAUUAUUUGUUUAAUUAAUGUAAAUUGAUUGGUGAAAUAAAAAGGUAGUAGCAGGUUAGUGCUUUGCGAGGAAUUCGGGUAACGUGGUGUUGAAAGUUGUUGGUUGAGAAUGGUAUGAUGUAGUUUUCAUGGUGGUUGAUGAUGCAGCCAGCCAGCAAAUUUCUAACUGGAUUGCAUGCAUGCAUGCAUUGCUGUGGAGCUAAAGAGUUAUAAAGUAGGGGCAAGAAUCUUUGCCAUUGCUGAUGCAUGUGCUAUGAGAACAUAAAGUCAAGGAUCAAAUUGAAGCAAGGACAAUAAUAUCACAUGCCUUGUAACAUGACACAACAAAAUAAAGAAAGCACAUGCAUGAUGCGUGGGGCUAGAAUAAUGCUUUUAUAGUCAACUUCAAAAUGGCUUGGUUACUUUGCCCUUCAUAACAAGCUAGUGGAAUUUGUUUC